CUGAUUCAUAGCUUUAGAAAUUUACAAUGUUCAUUUCAGCAUUGUAACGUUUUGUGUGUCCAUGUUGCUAGUGGUUACGUGGCGAAUUGUCACUCAUUUAUUUUGUCAACGACGUCGCGAGGACGAAGUGAAGUCACGGAGACGGUGCCGAUCCAUUUGAAUGGCAAACACGGAACUGGCCCGGUCAAGACUGAAUUCGAGGGUUUAGCGCUCAAACAGGAAGAGAAACAUCUGGGCUGGAUGACCGAGGCAAAAGAUUGGGCUGGAGAGUUGAUCUCUGGUCAGAGUCUUACCGGUCGAUUCUUGGUCGUGUUAGUGUUCGUCUUGUCACUGGGCUCGCUGGGAAUCUACUUCUACGACGCCAGCUUGUAA